GGGAGCGAAACACGAGAAAAGGGAAAACAUUUGUGUUUUUGGCUCUGGGUCAGGUCGGAGCUGUGUCUCGUUCCCUUCCUCUCCACUCUAUCGUUUCUUCUCCUCAACCUUCCCUCUCACAUCUGGGUGGUGUCUGCUGGGGACAGCAUGCCUGCUAUGGACCGGACUUCAGGUUUCUGUGGACUUCAGCGUCUGCCGUUCUGAGGAGCAAGACAAAACUGUGGACAUGGAAUUCCUCAAGUGGUGCUUGCUGCAGGCACUAACUCUGCAGCUCCUGGUGGGGUUGUUAGCACAUUGCCAGACUUCUGUCCCACCAGAGGAAGAGGAUGAGCUGUUAGGCGAGACAAACAUCCCGACGGCUCCGCCACAACUCGAGCUGCUCGAGUGUCCGUCCGAGUGCAGCUGUGCUGCAGACGGGUCUGUGGACUGUGCCGGGGUGGAUCUCACAGAAUUCCCCCCAGAGCUGUCGGACCGAACGCGGCGCCUCUCUCUGCAGAACAACAAGAUCCAAAAAGUGAAAGUGGAACAUGUCUCCCACCUCCACCAGCUCGAGACCCUCAACCUGCAAAACAACUGGCUCACCACUGAUGGCCUCGAAGAUGAAGGCUUUGAGAUGCUCGAACAGCUGGCUUAUCUUUACCUGGCAAAUAACAAGCUCACGUCAGCUCCAAAGGUCCUGCCACCUUCGUUAGUUAGCGCUGACUUUGCUGCUAACCAGCUCACAAGGAUCUACCCGUACACGUUUGGUCACAAACCGAGUCUACGGUCUGUGUAUCUCCAUAACAACAAGUUGACUGAUGCAGGACUUCCGCAUGACAUGUUCAAUGCUUCUGACAAGCUGGAGGUCCUUACCAUGUCCAGCAACUUUCUGCAAGUGGUCCCCACCAACCUGCCCCCCAGCCUGCUUCGCCUCCAUCUAAAGAAUAACAAGUUGGAGAAAAUUCCAGCAGGCGUUUUUGACAACAUGCCGCAUCUACGAGAGCUUUAUCUGCAGAACAACCUGCUCGGCAAUGAUGGCAUGGACAAUGAAACAUUCAGUCGGCUCGGUAGCCUCGAGUGUCUGGACCUGUCAAAUAACAACCUGACUGUUGUUCCGAAGGGUUUGCCACGCAACCUGGUGCUGCUGCAUCUGGACAGGAACUCCAUCCACAGCAUCCCUGGAGAUGUUCUGGCAUCUGUCCGGAACCUGGAGUAUCUGCUUCUUCACCACAACAAGCUGCGGUCCCGCUCUAUUCACCCUGUUGCCUUUCAGGGAUUGAAGAAGCUCCACACUUUGCACAUGUACAACAACCUGCUGGAGCGCAUUCCCAGGGGUCUGCCUCGAAGAGCUAAAACGCUGAUGCUCCUCCACAACUCUAUAUCCGAGAUCGGCCGGAAUGACCUGGCUCUUCUCUUCACCCUGACGGAGCUUAACCUCAGCUACAACAAGCUGACAACCCCCAAAAUCCACCGUGAUGCUUUCAGGAAACUGCGCAUACUGGAAACCCUGGAUCUGUCAGGAAACAGACUACAAAUUAUGCCUUUGGGUCUUCCUCGCAGCCUGCGUAUCCUCAGCAUCAAGAACAAUGAGCUCACCUCCAUCCCACACGGAGCGAUGGCAGGCAUGGAGAAGCUGCAGAAGCUGAUCCUGAGUGAAAACCACCUGAAGCUGAACUCUGUUUACCAGGGGGCCUGGAUGGAGCUGAGCGCGCUCACGACGUUGGACCUCUCCGAUAACCAGCUGACGCACAUCCCCGCUGACCUGCCUGAAACUCUGGAGUAUCUUUAUCUGCAGAAGAACCGCAUCUCCAGCAUUCCUGCUUCAGCCUUUGAAGGGACACCAAACAUCAGAGGCAUUUUCUUGCGCUUCAACCGACUGUCUGCAGCCUCGUUUGAUGAAGCCUCUUUUUCCUACCUGACCAAACUGCAGGUUUUGGAUGUUGGUCAAGGAAACCCGGACCUCUUUGCUCAAAGGAAGGAAACAGAAGGUGGGGCACUGACUAAGGAGGAUGAGGAAACAUAGAUAUAUUCAUGGAAAGCAGAGGUGGACAAAGAGCUUUAAAGGGGAAUAAAGUGGUUGUGCUGAGAUGGUGCAUGGACAGAAGGCUGUGUCUUUGUAUCUGACUUGCCAUUGCAACUUUAGAUCUGCAACACCGGUACACUAUUUCUUUUUUACUUUAAAGACAUCACAAAAUGUAACUUUUUCCUUACAUAACACUAAGUAUGCAUUCACACUUAGUAUUAUGAACAGAACUCAAGGUUAGCUGGUCUUUUUGGUUUGACAUGUUUGCAAGCUUCCAUGAACCCUGGUGUAAAAACCAACAACAUGGGAACACUGGUCUCUUUUGAGAAGGAGGAUCUCUCUUCACUUUAAAAUGACUUCUGGUGUUUGACUUUGGUGUGAAUGCAGUCAGACUUCUGACAAACCAAACAGCAGGAGAGAGCCAAAGGCAGUACACCAUGUAAGUUCCAUAGCAGGGCAUUACUACCAAAUUCUUAAAUCAAUUUGAUUCAGAUCACAAGCAUGUAAAUUAUUUUCAAGUUGCAAUUUGAUAUUACUCAGUUCAAUAUUAGUUUUUUUUCCUUCCAAAUUUCCUUUUGUUUUUUAGCACUUUUUUAGCUGAUUAUGUUACAAGGUUUCCCAUAGCUUUUGAUUUAAACAAACAAGUGGUGCUUUGAUUUAUUAAGGGCUUUUAGAUUACAUUCAAAACUGACAGAAAAGCAGUUUUCUGACCCCUCCUCGGAAAGAAUGGAAAGAAAGAAAAAGCAAUAAAUGGAUUUAGAGAAAAAUCACAUUGUGUAGGUAAAGAUAAAUUUAAAUGGAUUUUCAAUCCCAGCCUCUGAAAGCUCUAUAUUGUCUUUGGUUUUCCCCUGAGAGUGCGGUGUGAGAAAGCAGACCAACGCAGAUAAGGGGUGACAUUUAUCAGUAUCCUUGCCCAUUCCAACCAAAUCUAAAGGACUGUCCCAGAGUGGAGGAGACGUCAGAGUUAAGACAGCUCAGCAGUCAUAAAUGAGUUUAUUCAAUCCUGUUUUUUUUCCCCCCACUCACAUUUAUAAGUCCUGAUAUUUAUCCCACUCUAAUCCUCACAGAGCAUCCAUAAUGCCGCAGUUCCAGGCUCCUCCAUGUCUGGUGGGCGGCUUUUAUUUUGGAGCAGACAAAUUUGAACUAUACUUCAUUUUGUGGAGAAUCAUGUUUCACUCAGUCGUGUAAUAAAACAGCAGAAUUAUCA